AUGGCGGCAGCUGCUCAGCGUGCACGCAACCAACGGCUGCCACCUGAGGUUAACAGGGCUCUGUUCGUGAGAAAUCUGCCUUUCAACAUUUCUUCUGAGGAGAUGUAUGAUAUCUUCGGCAAGUACGGCCCCAUUCGGCAGAUCCGAAUAGGGACAACGAAGGAGACGCGUGGUACAGCGUACGUGGUGUACGAAGAUAUUUACGACGCCAAGAACGCGUGUGACCACCUGUCAGGCUUUAACGUAGCGAACCGCUAUCUCAUCGUCCUUUACUUCAAUCCAGUGCGGCAUAGCAAGAAGAUUAGCACCAAGGAGCAGGAGGAGCAACUACGUAAGAUGCAGGACAAGUACGGGGUGGACGGGCAGCAGCAUGCGAAAGGGAAAUGA